UCUUCCCCAAAGUGAUGGUCAACUUAAAGCUCAAAUGUGAUUCUAUUGGUCUUUCUCUCUGUUUAAUUUAUUAUUAUUUCUAUUCUUUUAAAUUUGUUAAUUUUAAUGAAAUUUCGUUAAUUGCAAGUGAUAUUUUACUACGAUAGAGAAGAACAAUGUCUCCAGUUAGUAUGAGCGAAUCUGAUAAAGAUAAAGGAACUGGCAUUAGUAAAAAGAAUCCAUUAGAAUUGAACUCAUCUCCCACAUCUAAUGGUGAUUCUAAUAAUUUAGAUUCAGCAACAUCUUCUAAUUCAUCUCCACCCAGUCAACCAUCUAAAUACUCUAGUAUACCUGUUAACCGAGUUUGUAUCACCAACGAAACUGAACCAACUAAUGAUAACCGUAGAGAUACUGAGACUCCUUUUAAUUCAACAAGUGGAGGUUCAUUCACUCAAGAUUGUCAGUCAAUUAAUGAUUCAUCAUUAUCCAUAACUUCAAUUGAGAAUAAUGAAACAGCCACAAGAGCUUUUAAUUGGCAGUCAUCGAAAACAACAGUCCAAGAAAGAUUAGCUUCAUUGUUUAAUUGUGAAACAUUGGCUGAUGUACAUUUCAUUGUUGGUCAUGAUAAUCCACCAAAUCGGAUACCUGCUCAUAAAUUUGUUUUAUCCAUUGGAAGUCCAGUAUUUGAUGUUAUGUUCAAUGGACAAUUAACCUCAGAGGAAGAUAUAGAAAUACCCGAUAUAACCGAUAUUGCAGCUUUUAUGUCUCUUCUUCGUUUCCUUUAUACCGACGAAGUUGUAAUUGGACCUGAAACAGUUAUGACAACUCUUUAUGCUGCUAAAAAAUACGCUGUACCUAUUCUUGAGAAUUCAUGUGUUGAAUUUCUCAAGCAGAAUUUAAGUCCUGAUAAUGCCUUUAUGCUUCUUAUGCAGUCUCGUUUGUUUGAUGAAAAUGCUUUAGCUCAAAUGUGUUUAGAUACUAUUGAUAAAAGUGCCGAAGAAGCUUUGGAAGCUGAAGGAUUUGUGGACAUAGAUCAUGCAACGUUAAUCUCCGUAUUGGAAAGGAAUACUCUUCGUAUUAAAGAAAUUAAUCUAUUUAAAUCUGUUAUAAAAUGGGCCAAAGCUGAAUGUACUCGGCAAAAUCUUCCAGCCAACCUUGAAAAUCAACGAAAAGUUCUUGGUAAAGCUCUUUACGCCAUCAGAUUUCCGCUUAUGACCAUUGAAGAGUUUGCCUCCGACGUUGUUGAAUCUGGUAUUCUAACUGACAGAGAAUGUGUUAAUCUAUUUCUACAUUUUGUUCGUAAUCCAAAGCCAACCAUAGAAUUUCCUGAAGAACCUCGAUCAUGUGUUAAAAAAGAAGAAGUUGUUUGUCGUUUUGCAAGAACUGAUCUUAGGUGGGGUUAUAGUGGAACCAGUGAUCGAAUACGUUUCGUUGUUGACAGACGAAUCUAUAUUGUAGGUUUUGGUCUGUAUGGAUCAAUUCACGGUGUCUCCGAUUAUCAGUGUACAAUUCAAAUUAUCCAUACUGGUACCAGUAAAGUUUUAGCUUCUAACGAUACCGGAUUUACAUGUGAUGGUUCAUCACGAACAUUUCGAGUCAUGUUUAAAAAACCGGUUGAAAUUGAGCCUGACGUCAAUUAUACUGCAUGUGCAACUCUAAAGGGAUCUGAUUCUCAUUACGGAGCUGGAGGCAGUCGAAAGGUUGUCGUUGAUCUUAUAUGUGGUGGAAAAGUAACUUUCCACUUCUCUUAUGCCGCAGGAUGUAACAAUGGAACCUCAAUUGAAGAUGGACAGAUACCCGAAUUAAUUUUUUACACUUAAAUCUAGAGAUUUAUAAAUUACAUCUUUCAUCAAGCGACAUAAACACCUUCUAACUGUAAAUUGUUUUCUAUUGCACAAAAUCUUUGUGUAUUAUCCUCAUAAUAUUGUGAUCUAUUAUUAAUAAUGAUAAUGUUAUUAUUAUCAUUAUUAUCAACUAUUGAGAAGCAAUUUAACCUUUUAUGUUUAUAACUAUUAUAAAUCAAUUAUAUUUUGUAAGUUAACCAAGUUGACGAAUCAUAAAUGUAUCCAAUAUAAUAAUGGAUAACAAGCCAGAGACACGGAGAAAACACUGGACGGGAAUCUCAAAUCAAUUAUGAUUUCGUUUGUUAAUAAUUGUUAUUGUUUUAAAUUAAUAAAUUGUAAAUGCAUUUAAAAACUUCUCUAAUCACAUAUGAUUAGAGUGAAAGUUUUCGAUUGAUAAUCAAGUAAAAAUGAUUACUUUCUAUUAACUAUUUACUUUCAGAAUGUGAAAAGUUGAUAAAAUGCACGAUAAAGAUUAGGGAGAAAAAGAAGAGAGAGAGAGAGAGAGAGAGAGAGUGAGAGGUGAAGAUGGAGAGAUGAAAGAUGAGAAUUUUUUCUUGGGAUGAAAAAGCGAAAACGAUGAGAAGAAAAAGAGAGAAGAAGAUGAAGAUGAAAGAGAGAGAAGAGAAGAUUUAAAGAGAAUCCUGGACUUUUCAUCUUCUCAUCUUCAUCUUGUUGAUUCAUUUUCUCACAUUCUCAUAACGUCCUAAACAGCGAAAAGUAGUAGGUCAAAAGAAAAGAACAUUUUUUUUCUUUUCUUUUUUAUUCCAAUUCAAUUUCGACCAUUUUAUUAAAUUUCCCUCACUUUUGCUUCUCCAUAAUUGUUCACAUUAAUGCAACACUUUCUUUUCGCAGCAAUUACAGUUUCGUUUUCUUCUCUCCAUCACAAUCAACCAUCUCUUCGCAUUAAUUGACGUUUAAAUGUUUUCUCUUCCAACCAAAUCAUCUUCAUCUUCACUUUUCUUCAUCUUCUGCUCUUCCUUUGAGUCUCUUUAAUUCAUUUCAAUUCAAUUCUAUUCUCCUGCUUUUCCGAGAACUGCAACAAGUGUCUGUCU